ACUAAUGGAAAUGUUGGAUGUAUCACAUUUAAGUCUAUAAAUAAGUGUUUCAUCUUCAUCCUUCCCUCCAUGUAAACCUCUUAAUAACUUCAUUUCUACCAAUUCAACAAUGGCCUUUGAAUAUUCUUCAUCCUACUCCUUACUCUCUCGACUCUUUAUCACUCCUUACUACUUCAUAUUUCUCCUUGUCCUUCUAUACUCAAUAUCAUCAUUCCAUGUCACUUCUAUAUCUGCCUCUACACCUACCACUUCUCUUUCAAAAGUUGAAAAAGAUCAAGAAAGACUCGCUCUUCUAACAUGGAAAGCCAGUCUUGAUAAUCAAACCCAAUCUUUCCUCUCUUCUUGGUCUGGACGCAAUUCUUGCUAUCAUUGGUUUGGAUUAACUUGUCACAAGUCAGGAAGUGUCUCCAAUUUAGAACUUGACAAUUGCGGUUUGAGAGGUACACUCCACAAUCUCAAUUUCUCAUCACUCCCUAACCUUCUCACUCUUAAUCUUUAUAACAACUCCCUUUAUGGAACCAUUCCAAUCAACAUUGGUAAUCUUUCCAAACGAAUCACAAAUCUUAACUUUGCUUUCAAUCAUUUCACUGGUGUAAUAUCUCCCCAACUUGGAUUUCUAACAUCUCUUAGUGUUCUAGCAUUGUCUUCUAAUAAUUUUAGAGGCCCAAUUCCUCCUUCCAUAGGUAAUUUAAGAAACUUAACUACUUUGUAUGUUUUUGAGAAUGAGCUUUCUGGUUCCAUCCCUCAAGAAAUUGGAUUGUUAAGAUCUCUUAAUGAUCUUCAAUUGUCAACUAACAAUCUUAUUGGUCCAAUCCCUCAUUCCAUAGGAAACUUGAGGAACUUAACCACUUUGCAUUUUUUUGAGAACAAGCUUUCUGGUUCCAUUCCUCAAGAAAUUGGAUUGUUAAGAUCUCUUAAUGAUCUUCAAUUGUCAACUAGCAAUCUCAUUGGUCCAAUUCCUCCUUCCAUAGGAAACCUGAGGAACUUAACCACUUUGUAUCUUUUUGAGAACAAGCUUUCUGGUUCCAUUCCUCAAGAAAUUGGAUUGUUAAGAUCUCUUAAUGAUCUUCAAUUGUCAACUAACAAUCUCACAGGUCCAAUCCCUCAUUCCAUAGGAAACUUGAGGAACUUAACCACUUUGCAUCUUUUCAAGAACAAGCUUUCUGGUUUCAUUCCCCAAGAAAUUGGAUUGUUAAGAUCUCUUAAUGAUCUUCAAUUGUCAACUAACAAUCUCAUUGGUCCAAUCCCUCAUUCCAUAGGUAACUUGAGGAACUUAACCACUUUAUACCUUCAUACUAACAAACUAUCUGGUUCUAUUCCUCAAGAAAUUGGAUUGUUGACAUCACUUAAUGAUCUUGAGUUGGCAACUAAUAGUCUCACUGGUUCAAUCCCUCCAUCCAUAGGAAACUUGAGAAACUUAACCACUCUAUAUCUUUUUGAGAACGAGCUUUCUGGUUUCAUCCCUCAAGAAAUUGGAUUGUUAAGAUCUCUUAAUGAUCUUGAAUUGUCAACUAACAAUCUCACUGGUCCAAUCCCUCCUUCCAUAGGAAACCUAAGGAACUUAACCACUUUGCAUCUUUUCAAGAAUAAGCUUUCUGGUUCCAUCCCCCAAGAAAUUGGAUUGUUAAAAUCUCUUAAUGAUCUUCAAUUGUCAACUAACAAUCUCACUGGUCCAAUCCCUCCUUCCAUAGGUAACUUGAGGAACUUAACCACUUUAUACCUUCAUACAAACAAACUAUCCGAUUCUAUUCCUCAAGAAAUUGGAUUGUUGACAUCACUUAAUGAUCUUGAGUUGGCAACUAAUAGUCUCACUGGUCCGAUCCCUCCAUCCAUUGGAAACUUGAGAAAUUUAACCACUUUAUAUCUUUUUGAGAACGAGCUUUCUGGUUUCAUCCCUCAAGAAAUUGGAUUGUUAAGAUCUCUUAAUGAUCUUCAAUUGUCAUUUAACAAUCUCAUCGGUCCAAUCCCUCCUUCGAUAGGUAACUUGAGGAACUUAACGACUUUGUACCUUCAUACAAACAAACUAUCUGGUUCUAUUCCUCAAGAAAUUGGAUUGUUGACAUCACUUAUAGAUCUUGAGUUGGAAACUAAUAGUCUCACUGGUUCGAUCCCUCCAUCCAUUGGAAACUUGAGAAAUUUAACCACUUUAUAUCUUUUUGAGAACAAGCUUUCUGGUUCCAUCCCUCAAGAAAUUGGAUUGUUGACAUCACUUUAUGAUCUUGACUUGGCAGCUAAUAGUCUCAGUGGUCCAAUCCCUCCAUCCAUAGGAAACUUGUCCAGCUUAACCUUUUUGUUCCUUGAUCACAACAAGCUUAGUGGUGCGAUUCCUCUUGAAAUGAAUAAUAUCACUCAUUUGAAAUCUUUACAGUUAGUUGAGAAUAACUUCAUUGGCCAACUACCACAAGAGAUAUGCCUUGGUAGUGUUCUUGAAAACUUUACAGCCUCUGGAAAUCAUUUCACUGGUCCUAUUCCAAAAGGCUUGAAAAAUUGCACUAGCUUAUUCAGAGUUAGGCUUGAAAGAAAUCAAUUGACAGGGGACAUAGCCGAAAGUUUUGGUGUGUACCCAACUCUAAAUUAUAUUGAUCUAAGCAGCAACAAUUUUUAUGGUGAGCUUUCUGAGAAAUGGGGGCAGUGCCACAUGCUCACAAACCUGAACAUCUCCAACAACAAUAUUUCUGGUGCUAUACCGCCUCAACUUGGGAAAGCAACUCAGCUGCGACAGCUUGAUCUCUCCGCCAAUCAUCUAAGUGGGAAGAUCCUGAAAGAGUUGGGUAUGUUGCCAUUAUUGUUCAAAUUGUUAUUAGGAAACAACAGUCUUUCAGGUAGUAUUCCUUUGGAAUUGGGAAACUUAUCCAAUCUUGAAAUUCUUGACUUGGCAUCAAACAACAUAAGCGGUUCAAUUCCCAAACAACUGGGAAACUUCUGGAAAUUAAGGUCCUUCAACUUGAGCGAGAAUAGAUUUGUGGAUAGCAUUCCCGAUGAAAUUGGAAAGUUGCAUCAUCUUGAAAGUCUCGAUCUUAGUCAAAAUAUGCUAAUAGGAGAGAUACCACCGCUACUUGGAGAAUUACAGUACCUGGAAACGUUGAAUCUCUCCCAUAACGGGCUCUCUGGCACCAUCCCACACACGUUUGAUGAUCUGAUAAGCCUGACAGUUGUUGAUAUAUCCUACAAUCAGUUGGAAGGUCCUCUCCCCAACAUCAAAGCCUUCGCUCCAUUUGAGGCAUUCAAAAAUAAUAAAGGUCUGUGUGGUAAUAAUGUCACUCAUCUCAAGCCAUGCAGUGCUAGUCGAAAGAAGGCCAACAAGUUUUCUGUUUUGAUAGUAAUACUCCUACUUGUGAGCAGUCUAUUGUUCUUACUUGCUUUUGUUAUUGGCAUUUUUUUUCUUUUCCAAAAAUUGAGGAAGAGAAAAAACAAGUCUCCAGAAGCAGAUGUCGAAGAUCUAUUUGCAAUAUGGGGCCAUGAUGGGGAAUUGUUGUAUGAGCACAUCAUACAGGGGACCGACAAUUUCAGUUCGAAACAGUGUAUUGGCACUGGAGGAUAUGGUACUGUUUACAAGGCUGAGUUGCCAACAGGUCGGGUUGUUGCUGUGAAAAAGCUUCACUCAUCAGAAGAUGGAGAUAUGGCUGAUUUGAAAGCUUUCAAAAGCGAGAUUCAUGCUUUAACACAGAUAAGGCACCGCAACAUCGUCAAGCUUUAUGGCUUCAGUUCAUUUGCAGAGAACUCAUUUUUGGUUUAUGAGUUUAUGGAAAAGGGGAGUUUGCAAAACAUUCUAUGCAAUGACGAAGAAGCAGAAAGAUUAGAUUGGAUUGUGAGGCUAAACGUUAUUAAAGGCGUGGCUAAAGCUUUAUCGUAUAUGCACCAUGAUUGCUCACCUCCUGUAAUUCAUCGAGACAUAUCGAGCAACAAUGUUUUGUUAGAUUCAGAAUAUGAAGCUCAUGUAUCUGACUUCGGCACGGCUAGGCUUUUAAAGUCAGACUCAUCUAAUUGGACUUCAUUUGCAGGAACUUUUGGUUAUACAGCUCCAGAACUUGCUUACACAAUGAAGGUGGAUAAUAAAACCGAUGUUUACAGCUUCGGUGUUGUGACAUUAGAAGUAAUUAUGGGAAGGCAUCCCGGAGAGCUUAUCUCAUCCCUGUUAUCAUCAGCGUCCUCCUCAUCUGCAUCACCAUCAACGGUCGGCCAUUUCCUGCUGAAUGAUGUGAUAGACCAGCGCCCCUCACCUCCUGUGAAUCAAGUGGCAGAGGAAGUAGUGGUUGCAGUGAAGUUGGCAUUUGCAUGUUUGUGCGUUAAUCCCCAAUCUCGGCCAACUAUGCAACAAGUUGCUCGAGCACUCUCAAAACAGUGGCCACCAUUGCCAAAACCGUUUUCUGUGAUUACGUUGGGAUAUAACUCUGGUGUCAAUAACACUGGAGAUUUGGAGACGCGUCAUGGAGACAUGGGCCUAAUUGCAUGGGACGUGCUCCUUCCAUCUGGGGCAAUCAUCCCUAGAUACUUCAAGCAUCAUGAUCCUCAAUGGUUUUAUCUUCAUAUCUCGAUCCAGAUUGUGGGUUUUCUUCCGGGUCUUGCUACUGUCGUCGCAGGAAGGACACUCUACAAUGGACUGGAGUCUUAUCGCAUUCCCAAAUUCAAGAUUCACAGACCCCUCGGAUCCUUGGUGUUUUUCCUUGGCAUUCUUCAGGCCGGACAAGACAUCCAAACAGCGCAAGUACUGGAACUAGUAACAUCACUUGGUAGGGAGACUUGCUCUCAUCUUGGGAGCUCUGAAUAUUGUGAUUGGACUUUGAGUGGCAGAAGCAGGCUUGGGGUGGAAGAUAGGAUAUGGGUUUCUUGUGACAGUAAGCGUCCUUGGGGCUGGGGAGAGCCAACAUGUAAUCUUUACAAUUUUUUAAUAGAUUGUUGAGAGUGAUAAUUCCCAAAACUGUUGAAAUCACUUUUUUUUUUUUUUUUU